AUGCGACUUGAAUGCCAUUUACCUUUCCAGCAGACAGUGUACUUUCGAGAAGGCAAUGAAGAACAUGUAGCUUCAUCACCAAAAGUUACAAAGCUAGAGGCAUUCUUUACUCUGAACCAACAAGAUCCUGCUGCUAAUAAUUUGUUGUAUGUUGAGAUUCCACAACAUUAUACCUGGCAAGAUCAACAAAAAAAGUGGAAAACAAGACUGCGUGGAGCUGAUAAAACCAUCACACGUUUAUACACAGUUAACCCAAAGAAUGUUGAGCUAUUUCAUUUGCGUCUCCUUUUACUGCAUGUACGAGGACCUAAAUCCUUUGAAGAUUUAAGGCUGCAUGAUGGAGUUGUUUUUCCAACUCUUUUGAAGCAGCUUAUUCCCGUGGAAUUGCAUCAAAUGACGAGGAAUGGCGUGAAUGCUUAA